UCCUCUCCAUCGGAGUCUCAGCCUCUCUUUCAGUCCCAGGAGGAAAACUUGGAGCGAUCAGCCUUUUGGGACCUUCCCAAAAUGUCUGCCAGCGGAGGCCCCUUGGAGUCCUUCAAGGCGGAGAUGCUGACCUUCAGCCUGUGGGACUAUGGGGUCUUUGGCCUCAUGCUCCUGGUCUCCACCAGCAUCGGCCUCUUCUAUGCGCUGGCCAAAGGCGGCCAGAAGACCUCCGAGGACUUCUUCACAGGUGGCCGGCAGAUGUCCGCCAUCCCUGUUGGCCUCUCGCUCUCGGCCAGCUUCAUGUCAGCCAUCCAGGUCCUGGGGGUGCCAGCCGAGGCCUAUCGCUAUGGCAUGAAGUUCCUCUGGAUGUGCCUGGGCCAGCUCCUCAACACCCUGCUGACCGCCUACCUCUUCCUCCCCGUCUUCUACCGCCUGGGACUGACCAGCACUUACGAGUACCUGGAGCUGAGAUUCUCCAAGAAAGUCCGUCUCUGCGGGACAAUCCAGUACGUUUUGGCCACGAUGCUGUAUACAGGGAUUGUGAUCUACGCACCAGCUUUGAUCCUCAACCAAGUGACCGGGCUGGAUAUCUGGGCUUCUCUCCUCUCUACUGGUGUCAUCUGCACAUUUUAUACCACCAUUGGCGGGAUGAAGGCUGUCGUCUGGACGGACGUCUUCCAGGUUUUCGUCAUGCUCUCUGGCUUUGUGGCCAUCUUGGUCCAAGGGACGCUCAUGGCCGGAGGGCCGGGCCAGGUUCUGGCCAUCGCCCAAAACAGCUCCAGGAUCAACCUGGCCGACUUCAACCCGGAUCCGCGCAGCCGCUACACCUUCUGGACCUUCGUUUUUGGCGGGACGCUGGUCUGGCUUUCCAUGUAUGGCGUGAACCAGGCCCAGGUCCAGCGCUAUGUGGCUUGCAAGACCGAGAAAGAAGCCAAGCUAGCUCUCCUGGUCAACCAGCUGGGCCUCUUUGUCAUCGUCUCCUCCGCCGUGGGUUGUGGCAUUGUGAUGUUUGCGCUCUACAAGGACUGCGACCCUCUCCUGGCCGGAUACAUCUCUGCGCCUGACCAGUACAUGCCAUACUUGGUCUUGGACAUCUUUGAGAGGUAUCCCGGGGUUCCUGGCCUCUUCCUGGCAUGUGCCUACAGUGGGACCCUCAGCACGGCAUCCACCAGCAUCAACGCCAUGGCCGCCGUCACGGUGGAGGACCUGAUCAAGCCCAACCUCCCCAACCUCUCUCCCCGGAAACUCACCCUCAUCUCCAAGGGCCUCUCACUGAUCUAUGGCACGUCAUGCAUCACAGUUGCGGCUUUGUCGUCCUUGCUAGGCGGAGGAGUGCUCCAGGGCUCCUUCACCGUCAUGGGGGUCAUCAGUGGUCCGCUCCUGGGCGCCUUCAUCUUGGGGAUGUUCGUUCCCAUUUGCAACACGGUGGGGGUGUUUUGUGGUCUGGGGGCCGGCUUUGCCCUCUCCUUCUGGGUAGCCGUCGGGGGCACCCUCUACCCACCCAGCGCUGCCAUUAUGGGCGUCCUCCCAUCCUACGGAAACUUCUGCCCCUUGUUCAACGCCUCCGAGGGGGUGAACGGCACUAUCGUGUUCGGACCGCUGCCCCCACCGGACGUCUCAGGUGCCUCAGAGAGGUCCGCCAUGGCUGACGACUUCUAUGCUAUCUCCUACCUCUACUAUGGUGCCCUGGGGACCCUCACAACCAUCGUCUUUGGGGUCCUAGCCAGCUGCCUGAAAGGGCCUUCCAAGAGGAGCACAACGCGUCCUGGCGUUUUGUGGUGGGACGUCAUGAAGCAGACCUCCUCUGUUUCCCCAGAGGGGCUGAGACAGCUCUUGGACAAGAACCCUGGAGGCUCCCCUGAACUGCCGAUGAAGAAGGCCUUCGGUCCUGUCUCCCUUGUUCCAGCCAAGUUUCCAGUGGAGGAGAAGACCUUGCUGGGGAAAGAAGAGGCGGCCGUGAGCAAGGGUUCGGAGGAGUUCGUCUGUGCAUGCACCACUUUGGACCACAGCUGUUUCCAGCUCCUCAGAGAGACAGAUGUGUAGCAUGGAGGAGUCUGUGGGUCAUUCAUGCGUCUUGACCAGUGCCACAUGGGAAGGGGGGUGUUAAAGGGCAAAGACAGCUGACCUGAGGCUGGCAGACGUCCAUUGAGGUGUACCCCCAGCCCUGGUGAAUUUUGGGAAGGUGGGCGGCACGUCUGGCACUGACAUUCAGCCAAGGUGCGCCAGAAGAAGUCCAGAAGGGCAUGGACCCUUUGGAGGCUCUGCUCUGGAGGAAAAGAGGGGAAGGAAAACCAGUUGGAAACUGGGCAGCCCCAAAGACAAAGCGACUUGACUCAAACCCCUUUCUCCUCCUUUAUCUUGCCCACCAAAGAUGAUGCCUGGAAACGGAUCCCGAGGGAGUGGGAUCACAUGUGCCCCCCACAAUCUGUGCCCCCCCAAUCGUCUAAAAAGGGGCACCAUUGCCAUUGGUUUGAAAGGCCAUGGCGUUCCCUCAAAGGAUUCUGGGUAUGGUUGUGGGGCAAGGGGCUGAAUAGCUUGGACAUCUCUAAGAGAGCUUUUCCCAUCCCGGCCCAAAUGUUUUAGAUUCUCUAUCCCAUCAGCCCCGGCCAACAGUCAUUGUGGAAGUUGAAUACAGAUUGUUAUGAUUUCAGGGGACAAAGUUACUCGAGGCUUCAGUCACUGCAGCUGUUAAGUAAAUACCAUUUUGGGGAAGGAUCUCUGCACUUGUUGGAAUGCUUGUGUUUAGAACUGGCUUUGGUUUUGCGGGGUUUUUAAAAAGCGACUUCUGGGAAUGGGCAAGAUGGGCCAAAACUACAUGCGAAGGGUCCCAGUUCCCUCCCCAAUCAAUCCCCCAAAUGUGUGCGUGUGUUUUAAAACACUUCGUUGCUUUCUUGUUGCUUAAAAAUAACCAGUUACGGUAUUCAAAAUAACAUCCUCUAGUUACUUAAAAAAUAAUAAAUGCCAGAAUGCUACAAGCCACUGAUCUGCAACACAAAUCCUGUUGAAACAGUAAGGCUGUUUCUGUAAACUAUAAAUCUAUAUACUGUUGCUGUUCCCUGUAACUGCAAGGUAUACAGCCUCCUGUGACUGUAAAAGGGACUGAAAGUGGGCUAGGGGAUUCAGAGAGCGGUUGGCUCCAAAAAGUAACAGCCCAAAGUUCUGGUUACAAAUAACUCAUUUUGCAACUAGUUCAAUCCACAGAGCUCUGAUUAAAAGAGCAUAAUACUGUAAUGUAUAAAAAUCCUCUGUGUCUCAACUCUGGAGAUCAGCUGCAAAUCCCACAGAAUGGCACUGGGUUCUAGGCCUUCUGUUCCUCUGCUGUCUGAGGGUUAUGGGAUUUGUAGUCCAGGGAUGUCUGGAGGGAAGCAGGUUGGGGGAAAGGGUCUUCUGGACUCACAGAGCAACCUCAGUCUUCAUUUUCCUCCUCAUUACUAUGUUUAGAGGCUGUUUUGUUAUGUUUUUUUGCUGUAAGGCUGUUAACCCUCUUUCGGGGGGUAUUUUUUUAAAAUAAAUAAAUAAAACCCCAUCC